AUGGCCGGGUUGCUAGCCAAAUAUGGUUACCGUGUCACAUUGGGCGGAAGUUCCGACACUCCGAUCGUGCCUCUGAGUGCAGAAUUGACAGAUAACCAUGCCACAUUGAGUGUGGAUCCACCACAGUGCGAUUGUGGAGCGGACGGAUCAGUCGCUUGUUGCCAGACGGUCAGCACCGGGGAUUCUACUGUUUGUGGCGGUGGUGAUGAGGGUGAAGACGAAAAAGAAGGGCAUGGUGAAUGUGGUUCGUGCGCUCGUUCGGAUCCCAGAUCGAAACGAGAUGAGCAGGCCAAAGCGGCCGCGGAUUUGUGGGUCUUGAACAGUUGCACUGUCAAAGGACCGGCAGAGGAUCAUUUCCGUAACGCGGUGACUGCAGGAAUUCAAUUGGGCAAACGCAUUGUGGUCGCCGGUUGUGUACCACAGAGUCGUCCUGGAGCGAACUAUCUAAAGGGUGUAAGUAUAAUCGGAGUGCAACAAAUCGAUCGGAUUGUCGAGGUGGUCGAAGAGACCUUGCAAGGUACACAGUUUUGCUUAAACUGUUUCGGUUGCCCUGUUGUUUGUUGUUGUUGUUGUUGUUUGUUCACGAGAUUGCCUCAAAUCUGUUAUUCAGCUCAUAACUAA